CUCCUCCUGAGCUCUAGAUGGCGAUAUUACAAUGCGUUCAAUAAUACAUAUCACUAAACCGUGGAAGAAGACGCUGUGCUGCAACUAUGGUUCUUCCUGGUUCGUCUUCUGGGCAGAACCGAAAACAGAAACCCAUUACCAGCAUGAAAAUAUCCAGGUUUGGGAUUCACAUGAGGAGGAGAAAGCGGGGCUGUAAAGCGUAAGCCUGUUGGUGAACUGACUUCUCUGCAUUACUGUUUUUGCCUUAUCUGUGUGGACCUCAUACCCUCACACCGACAUGCUGUGUUGGGGUAAUGCAGAAGAUGGACAGUUGGGAAUUGGUGUCAUGUCCAACGGCGUGUUUGAGCCGCAAAACUGUAAUACAUUCAGUGGUAUGGGACUGAAAGAUGUGGCGUGUGGAGGACAGCACUCGAUGUUCCUCAUGCGUGAUGGGAGUGUCUACAGCUGUGGCUCCAACAACUGUGGGCAACUUGGCCAUGAAAAGACAGACGGUUGUCCAGAGCUGGUGUCAGCACUUGGUACCCAGAAGAUAGAAAACAUUUCCUGUGGUCAGGCACAUUCUCUGGCUGUAAAUGAGCAGGGUCAAGUGUUUGCAUGGGGCGCAUGUGAUGGCGGACAAAUUGGCUUGGGAAUAAAAGAGGUGGCUGUUCGUAUCCCAAGGUUGGUCAAGAGGCUCAGUGACCACCGAAUUUCUCAAGUAAUGUGUGGGAACCAGCACUGCAUUGCACUUUCAAGAGAUGGUGAGCUGUUCACAUGGGGCCAAAACACCAGUGGUCAGCUGGGCCUGGGGAAGGGAGAGCCCAACAUGCUGUUCCCUCACCCCCUCAAGUCUCUGGCCGGGAUCCCGCUGGCACAGAUCACUGCGGGAGGAGACCACAGUUUUGCGCUCUCACUCUCAGGAGCAGUUUUUGGUUGGGGGAAGAACAGCGCCGGACAGCUGGGUCUCAAUGACAAACAAAAUCGGGCCGUUCCUUGCCACAUCAAGUUUUUGAGAUCACAGAAAGUAGUCUACAUCAGCUGUGGGGACGAACACACCGCAGCUCUCACUAAGGACGGUGGGCUGUUCACAUUUGGGAACGGUUCCUGGGGUCAGUUGGGUCACGGCUCUACCAACAAUGAGCUCCUGCCCAGACGAGUCCUGGAACUGAUGGGGACAGAGGUGUCCCAGAUCACAUGUGGCAGACACCACACGCUCGCAUUCGUGCCAUCCUCCGGUUUAGUGUAUGCUUUUGGUUGCAACAGCCACGGCCAGUUGGGAACAGGAUUGCUAGGGGGUAUCUCGAGUCCAUUUCCUGCCAAAUCCAGUCUCUUGACAGGAAAUGGCAACAGAUCUGUGAGGAAAAUAAUGUGUGGUGGUGACCACAGUUUCCUGCUGUAUUCUCAUGACUUGAGCAGCCCUCCAGAGGACUUCCGAGUGGUCAAUAUCCAAAAAAGCCUGUCUCCAAUAAACUAUGAAAGGUUGGAUUCAUGGAGACUAAAACUGAUGUCCAACUCAGAGUCUAGUGUCAAAAAUGACAUCAUAGUUCAACUUUCCUCCACUGCUUGUUGGAACGCCAGCUUCUUGGACCAAAGCAAUGAUAACCACUUCAAAACCAACCCAAAGAUCCCUGGCAUUGAUCUCAACUCAGUCAGACUGCUAUUUGAGACUCUGAACACACCGGCCUUCUCUGGACUUCUGGAGCAGGCCACGAAGAGCUUCGAGAGUCUGCUGAUCCCCCAGCUGCCUUGUUCCCCCCCUGAUGUGGAGGCCAUGAGGAUUUAUCUCAUCUUGUCAGAGUUUCCAGCCCUGCAGGACUCCAAGAACUACAUCAGACUCACAAUCCCUCUCGCCAUGGCCAUCCUGCGGCUGGACGCCAACCCCAGCAAAGUAUUGGAUAACUGGUGGUGUUGCGUGGAUGGAGGUGUGUUUCAAAGAAUGGUGGACAUGUACAAGGGCAUCGUGGUGUUCCUGCUGAUGGGAGGGAAGUCUCUCCUCAUCCCUCUCUUCUACGAGAAGUAUUUUCUGGCCACACUUCGGCUUCUGGAAAAACUGCACAAGGUGAACCUCAGAGCCCAGCAUGUGGAGUACAACAGCUUUUACAUCCCUGACAUCACCAGCCUGGUGGACAUCCAGGAGAACUACCUCAAGUGGUUUGUGAGCAAAGCUGACAUCAAAGUGGCGUCAUCUCCUUCAGAGAAUGACUUUCCCUCAGUGAACCUUUGUGCCUACCCCUUUAUACUGAACGCUCAAGCCAAGACAACAAUGCUGCAAACUGAUGCUGAACUGCAGAUGCAGAUGGCGGUCAGCGGAGCAAACCUGCACAAUGUCUUCAUGCUGCUCUCCCUGGAACCUCACCUGGCAAGAAAUCCCUUCCUUGUGCUGCACGUUCGGCGGAACCAUCUGGUGAGCGACACGCUGCGAGAGCUGACCCUGUACUCGGACGUGGACCUGAAGAAGCCACUCAAGGUGAUCUUUGAUGGUGAGGAAGCUGUGGACGCCGGUGGGGUCACCAAAGAGUUUUUUCUGCUGCUACUGAAGGAGCUGAUGGAUCCCAUAUAUGGAAUGUUCACUCACUACAAAGACUCCAACCUGCUGUGGUUCUCUGACAACUGCUUUGUGGAGUUGAACUGGUUUCACCUGAUCGGGAUCAUCUGUGGUUUGGCCAUCUACAACUCCACGGUGGUGGACCUGCAUUUCCCUCUGGCUCUCUAUAAGAAGCUGCUCAACGUGACGCCGACGCUGGACGACUUCAAGGAGCUGUCUCCGACCGAGGCGCGGAGUCUGCAGCAGCUCCUGGACUAUGACGGAGACGAUCUGGAGGAGACCUUUCUUCUCACUUUUGCAAUCACCAGGGAAAGUUUCGGGGUCACUGAGGUGAAGGAGCUGGUCCCCGGAGGAGAGAGCAUCGCAGUGGACAAGCGCAACAGGAAGGAGUUUGUGGAGGCGUACCUGAACUACGUGUUCUGGGAGUCGGUCAGCGAGCAGUACUCGGCCUUCGCCUCUGGCUUCCUGAAGGUCUGUGGAGGAGAGAUCCUGUCACUGUUCCAGCCCUCGGAGCUCAUGGCCAUGGUGGUUGGCAACAACAACUACAACUGGGAGGAGAUGGAGAAGAAUGCAGUUUACAAAGGGGAAUAUUCAGCCACUCAUCCAACCGUCCGAAUGUUCUGGGAGGUGUUUCACGAGUUCCCGCUGGAGAAGAAGAAGCAGUUUUUAUUAUUUCUGACCGGCAGCGACCGUAUUCCCAUCCACGGCAUGGAGAGUCUGCGCAUCAUCAUCCAGUCCACCACAGCCAACGAAGACUACCUGCCCGUGGCUCACACCUGCUACAACCUGCUGGACAUGCCCCAGUACACCAGCAGGGAGACGCUGCAGCGCCGGCUGACGCGAGCCGUGGAGCAGUACGAGGGCUUCAGCCUGGUCUGACUUAUCCUCCGCACGAAUCACACAUGGCAACUUUUACUCCAAAAACUAUACACACAAGUCUUUCUCGGCUGCAUUGCUCACUUCACCACGCGUCACAGUACACAUCAGCUUCAGUCUAAUGUUGCCACUGAAGGCGGACAAUUCACUUGACAAAUGUCUUUUUCUAUUCUUUAAAUUCUAUUUUCACGUCAUUCUGUUGCACUUUGGUUAAUAUAAAUAUAUAUAUAAAUAUAUAUCGAUGCUUUUUCAACUUGUGAAAAAAUUAUUUUUCUGAAAUUGUACAUGCAUGUAAAUAGCACUUCUACUGCAGUAGUUUUUUUUUUUUUUUU